GUCCGCUUCUCCUCCGCCGUGGAGGAGAUUGAGCCCGAGGCUCCUGUCGCGCAGCCUGCCGCUUCCUCUUCCUUGACCACGACGACCAACACUUCGGACCGCUUCGAUACCUUCAAUGAGGUCGCCGCCGAUCAGAUCAAGGCUUUCCAAAAGUCUAUGCACGGAUUGCCCCUGCAGGAGCGCCGCAUGAGCACUUUUGGUUUCGAGGCCUUUUCUUUGCCUGCAUCACGGAUCAACUCUCGUGAAGAUGCCUCGAACGACUCCACGAGGCUGCCAACGCCAAACUCGUCUGGCUGGCAGUCUCCCCACGGAAGCCCUCGACUUUCCGCCCUGGCCUCUCCUCCUCUGACGCCUGCUGGGUCAGACCCCGACAGAAGGUUAAAUAGAGAUGCUGGUCCAACCAGUGCUCCCGGUUCCGCCGUUAACGAAUCCCACAUCAUUACUCCGCAGCCUUCAACUUCUGCCGAUAAGACACUCGCUCGCAGCGGCGAUCGCAUUGUCCUGACUCAUCGACCCGCAUCCUCGGACCACGUAAUGUCUAGGGCCUCGUCUAGCGACGAUCGCCGCGGGGGAUCUAGGUCGCACCAUCGAAAGGAAAUCUUCGCUGUCGGGCCCAGCUCUGUUCCCGUGUCUCGUGAGUCGAGCCCUUCCAGAAGCGCAGCGUCGCACUUCUAUUCCAAGCCGAUGGCGCCUGGAGGCGACGCCAACGACCCCUACGCCAAGGGCCGCCGGCCUCCUCAGCAGCAGCAUCCAACCCGCCACACAGUCGAUCCGCGAUUCGUCUUCUCCCGCAAGAAGAAGCACGGGCACGGCUCCUCGCCGUCAUCUUCCAAGUCAAGCCUCGGGGUGUAUGCUCAGCACUCCAAGCACAGCGAUGACUCCGGUUCUAACGAUGGCGCGCAUGGCCACGGGGCAACGGGCUCCAUGUCUGACCUGAAGCGAUUCUUCCGAAAGUCUGCCCACCACAAGAAGCGGGAUCUGUCGCCGUCUUCCAUCAAGUCCUCCUCCAAGUCCAGCCAAACCAGCCGUUCCACCCAGCAGCUGCCCUUUGGAGACGACCACGGGCUGACGUCCAAAUACGGCAAGCUCGGCAAGGUGCUGGGAUCCGGUGCCGGCGGGUCGGUCAGGCUCAUGCGUCGGACGGAAGACGGCACCGUCUUCGCUGUCAAAGAGUUCAGGGCGCGCCACACAUACGAGACGGAGAGGGAAUACAACAAGAAGGUGACGGCCGAGUUCUGCGUCGGCUCGACUCUCCAUCACGGCAACGUCAUUGAGACGCUGGACAUAUUGCAGGAGAAGGGACGCUGGUUCGAGGUCAUGGAGUAUGCCCCUUAUGACCUCUUCGCCAUUGUCAUGACGGGCAAAAUGACACGCGAAGAAAUUCGGUGCAGCUUCUUGCAAAUCCUCAACGGCGUCACCUAUCUGCACAGCAUGGGCCUUGCGCAUCGAGAUUUGAAACUGGACAACGUGGUGGUCAGCGAAAAGGGCAUCAUGAAGAUUAUAGACUUCGGCAGUGCCCAUGUGUUCAAGUAUCCCUUUGAGAGCGGAUCUGUCCCAGCCAAAGGUAUUGUUGGGUCUGACCCAUACUUGGCUCCUGAAGUGUACGAUUCCAAAGAAUACAACGCCGAGGCGGUCGACAUAUGGUCCCUCGCCAUCAUCUUCUGCUGCAUGACCUUGCGACGCUUCCCGUGGAAGAUCCCGCGCAUGACGGAUAACUCGUACAAACUCUUCGCGGCCACCCCGACUCCGGGACACGAUCCGCGCAAGCUCCUGCGACCCAAGUCCACCAAUGACCUGUCGUCUGUGUCUCCUCGAGAGUUUCUGCCCGAGGACGACCCGAAGCCUCAGAACAACAGCUCCGAUCAGUCGCAUAAGAGGCAGGAUUCGGAUGCCUCGCCCGCGCCCGAACAGACACAGCUUCCCAUUCCGGGAGUCAAUGUCACCAGCGAAAAGAAGGAGGUCAUCCGAGGCCCCUGGAGAAUCCUGCGCCUGCUUCCUCGCGAAAGCCGUCACAUCAUUCACCGUAUGCUGGACAUCAACCCCAAGACUCGGGCUAAGAUGAGCGAGAUUUUGGAGGAGCCAUGGGUGGCCGACACGGUCAUCUGCCAGCAGCUGGAGAAUGGAGAGGUGAUUCCUGCUUCUGACCACACACAUAUUCUGGAGCCGCCAAACUCUCAACCACCUCCCCCCAAG